AUGUCUACGUACUUUAGCUUCAGGGUCCAAAUCCUUAUAUAUAAAAAAUCAUCAAGCCCGCGCGCGAAAAACAUAACCCUCUUUCUGAGACAGUCCUGUCACAAAUAAAAUCUAUCGCAAGUCAAACACCCCAACAUAUUCAACAAAGUUAUUCUGAUUCAAAACCUCAAGUGUACAUACUUUAGCUUCAGAAUCCAAAUUCGCUGGAUCUGCAGAUUGCCAUUAAGGUUCAAACAUUCUAACUUACUGGGAGAGGGUCUUCCUUCCAACAUCCACCUGGGAUCGUAUGGCGUUUUAGUUGGUGUGAAGGUAAUUUCUCUAUCUAUAGGGUCUAGAGGUUUCAGGAUAGAAACUGGUGACAUUUUAUCCUAA